GCAGCGCGCAGACUCCGAGAGCUUUUGGAUGAGGGAGGCUGCGUUUCGAUGCCGGGUGUGCACGAUGCGCUCAGCGCUAAGCUCAUCGCUCGCAGCGGCAGGUUUGAGUGUGCGUUCAUGUCCGGCUACGGCGUCGCCGCGUCCAGGCUCGGCGACCCCGACGUGGGACUAGCCACCCUCGGCGACAUGGUCGACGCGGGAAAGUCCGUCUGCAGAGCCGCUGGCGACAUGCCCGUGGUCGGCGACGGCGACACCGGAUUCGGCGGCGUCGCCAACGUCAGGCGCACGGUGUUCGAGUACCACGCCGCCGGGUUCGCGGCGGUGUCCAUCGAAGACCAGGUUUUCCCGAAGCGAUGCGCCUACGGAAAGGGCAUGAGAGUCGUCCCCAGGAGAGACGCAGUCGCGAGGCUCGCGGCGGCGCUCUCGGCGAGGGACGAGAUCAGGGCGAAGGGAGGAGACAUCCUCGUCAUCGGGCGGACGGACUCGCGCAUGGCGACGAACCCGGAGAUCGAGGACAACUUCAAGGAGGCCAUCCUGCGGUGCUUCGAGUUUAAGCAGCUCGGCGCGGACGCCGUAUGGAUGGAGGGACCGAGGAGCGGCGCGGAGAUGGAGGCGUUCAACGUCGCGAUGGAGGGAACGAGGACGAUACUGGCGCAGGUGGAGCGACCCGGUGUCGAGAUGUUGUCCCCGGGGCGAUGUGCCGAGCUCGGGUACGACGUCGCGCUGUACGGCCUGACGCUGUUGAGCGCGUCGGCGGCGGCGGUUGAGCGAGCGGCUCGCGUGAUGGGCCGGGGAGAUCACCCC